AUGGCGGUCACAAUACCUAUACAAGCGCUGGACAAACGCAAUAUGCAUUCGAAUCGAUUAUACUCGAGACAGGGACCACCGAACGAUGGUGGCGGCGGGGGCGGAGGCGGAGGGAUGGGUGGGAAUGCUGUUAUAGUAGGCAUCGUUGCUGGUGUCGUUCUCUUCCUCAUUGCAUGUGUGGUCUUUUACACAAUGCUACGAAGGUGGAGAGUACAAGGCAAGAGGCCCAAAUACAUUCCCACGAAAUUUUUGAAGAGCAAAUGGCAGAGCUGGCAACCCGGCGGAAAAUACAAGGCCGUCCGGAACCGAGAUCUUUCAUCCACGAACACGGCUUACAAUGGCAAUGAGAUCGGUGACGCGGCAGGAGCUGGGGCAGGAGUCGAUCGCAACACCAGUGUGCGCAGCGUCAUAACACUCCCGGCUUAUUCAAGAACGCCAAAAGACAGUGAACAAGUAAUCGGGCGGGAAGGUGAAAGAGGUGGUAUGGACACAGUGGUUGAAUUCCCGGAGACGGCGGACGAGGAAGAAACACGUCGUGAAGACCAGAUGGAAUCAUUAUACCAAAUCCGAGUGGCACGCCGCCGCGAAAUUGCGGAACGGGAAGAACGCAGACGGGAACGACGAGAAGCUCGCGAGAGAGGAGACACAGCUCGAUUAGAGCAGUUGAGGCGAGAAUCUCGCCAGCGUGCGAAUGAGAGUACUACCUCAGUCAAUGGCGGCGUGAGUGUCUCUGCUGCCACUUUAAUUGCUGAACAUCAGUCUCGCGGACGGGAACGAAGGGUCUCAAGCGUCGCAUAUGCUUCACUAGGAGAAGUACGCCAUGACGGUACCCGGAUUCGAGCAAACAGCAAUGACUCUGAGCGAGGUGGGCUGUUGAGUGGAGCAGCCCCAAUGGGCGAGACCGAGGGACGGCUCCGUCUCCUUUCGGAUGCUACAUCAACGCAUAGCCGAGAGCGUUCGAUCAGUGCGGUCAGUGUGUCAACGAUGGGGUCUGAUAUGGAACGACAGCAAACACCUGGAUCAACCAUUCCCGACGACAGCAACCGACGCCAAAGUGACGAGCCCCAAAGCGGCGGUACGUCCAACUCUUCACCGACCGCCAACAGAUUCACGCCUGAUGACAGCACUGGAUCAGACGACAUUGGGGAAUCACGCAUUCCACUACCUUCAGACAUUGGCGAUGAAGGUCGGCCGCCCGACUACGAGUUUCUGGAGUGGGGUGACGCUCCUUCAUACGAAGCUGCCGUCGCUCGUCGCGCAGCAAGCAACGCCAGUCGAGCUGCGGGCGUUUUGUCAAGAGGCCCUACAAAUGCAAGCACUGCUCCUCGACUCCCCCAGCUCAAUCUUCCUAGGAUCAGUGUGUCUGGAGCCACGGAGCCUAAUACACCUGUGUCGCCAGAUGCCCAAGCCGCGCCUGUUCCUAAUAAUGGACCCACGUCGACCUCGCACUCGCCUGAGGUAACGACAGGAUCUGAGCAUGCAAGGGUGUAA